AUGGAGAAACCUUUACCCAAACCCCCCUCUAGUCCUAAGUUUGCUAGCACUAGUAAUGAUGGAGAUUUUCUUCUUGACGACCUUGUGUUUGGAUUGAAACGUUAUGAAGCAGCAUUUUAUAUCAAAUCCGGAGUAGAAAGCGUCCUACAUAGUUUUACGAAAGCUGAAGAGCUAGAGAUGAUUAAGCUGAGCUUUUUAAUUGCUGACAGUCCCUACCGACCGAUAUCUUUGGAAAGUGUGCCUUCUAAGAUACUAUUUGGUUCCUUUUUAUUCUAUGUGAAGGACAAAAUAUAUGAAAAAGCUGGUCACAUACUUGAUAGACAAUUUUGUUUUGCUCUUCGAAGGCUUGCUUCUGAUGACUCCUCUGUUAACAAUGAAUUUUUCUUUCAGCAGGUCAAAAGUAAUUUUCUUUCACUUCCCAAGGUUAAAAUAAAAAUGCUCUCAGUGUUUUUUUCUAUCGUACAAAUUGUCCUGUCUAAACUUCGAGGAGGAAAUCAUGAACGUGUCCAGUUUUUUGCAUCUAUUGCCGCAGUGAUCCUACCAAAAGAGCAGGUUGAUGAAAUGUAUUUUCUGGUUGAAUAUGUAUCAAUAAACGCACAGAAGAUAUUCCAAAUUCAACCUCCUUCUCCCCGGGUGCUUCAUCCUCUUCCUCAACCAAAUAAUAAUCAAAGACCGGUAUUAAUAGAUAAAGGAAUCCAAAAAAAAAAUGUCAAUCUGACUACAGACCAGGAAAAAGGUUCUACUGCACAUAAUAAUCAUAUCAAUUCAGUUACGCAAAGAACCAAGCAAGCAGGAUCAGAAUUUUCUUGGCACACUGAAAAUCCCAACAUUCCAAGAAAUACGACUUUUAAUGCGGAUUUUUCUGCUAGCAAGAAAGAACGAGCAGCCCCAGGAGUAGUUUCUCCUGCUAUGGAACAGUACGACUAUGAGCAACAAACUAAAGAUUAUAAUGAUGAAAUAGCUAGCAAAAGUAAACCGACAAUUCUCAUGGUACCAAUUGAUGUUUACGAAAAACUGAACAAAAAAUUUAUUGAAGCUUCCGAUGAACUAAGAAAUGCUUCAAAUAGCUAUCAGGAAAUUCGUGAGGAAAUUGAUACACUGUAUGAAACUUUCGCCGAUGAAGUCAAUUCUUUUGAAAACUCGAAGAAAUUACAAGAAGAAAAAAUAUUCCAAGAAAAGAUUAGUGUUGAGCGAAAAAUUAAAGCGUAUCAAAAGGAACAUUUAGCAGCUACCGAGCACGGACUUACAUGA